AUGGCGUCUUUCGCGUUGCUUCUCCUCCUCCUCCUCGCGAUCUCUUGCCUCGCAGUGGAUCAGGAGUCGUCACAGCGGCCGCAAGCUCUGGGAAAUUCCACUUCCACCUCACUGCGAUUGGGAUACUACGGAUCCAGCUGCCCCAAUGCCGAGACCAUCGUGCGCCAGACGCUCAUGACGCUCCUCAUGCAAGAUCCCACCGCUGGAGCGGCAUUGCUUCGCCUCGCCUUCCACGAUUGCGAUGUCAUGUUUCAGAGCGAGCUGGAAUCUCCCAAGAACUUUGGCAUCCGUCGCGUGGAUUUCAUCGAUAGGAUCAAGGCGUCGUUGGAGGGGAGCUGCCCGCGCACUGUCUCUUGCGCUGACAUCAUCGCUCUAGCUGCUCGAGACUCCAUCUUGCUGGCUGGAGGACCAAACAUUCCUGUUCUAACGGGUCGCAAAGAUAGCACGAGAGCGGACCUCGUGACCGCGAAUCGCAAGCUUGCCACUGCCACUUCUUCCGUGGAGGAAAUUCUCCAAGACUUCGCGUCCAUGGGAAUUAACCCGCAAGAGGCUGUGUCUCUUCUCGGAGCUCACACUCUUGGAGUUGGGCACUGCUUGAGCGUUGUCAACCGGCUCUAUCCAAGCGUUGAUACCAAGAUGGAUCUCAUGUACUCGAUGGCGUUGCGAGUGUUGUGCCCGAGUCCGAAGUUCUACCUCAACAUCACGGCCAUCCCAAACGAUUCAACCAUGUUUAGAUUCGACAACAUGUUCUUCAAGGACGCUGCCUUGCGGCGGGUGCUCUUCGCGCUUGAUGCUGCUGUCGAGAGCGAUCCCAGGACCUCGAUCUAUACUUCCAAGUUUGCUCAGAACCAGGGAUUGUUCUUCGACACAUUCUCGCGAGCGUUUGUCAAGCUCACCAGCGUCGUUAACUCGGAAGCCACGCAGGUUCGAUCGAAUUGCCGCGCGAUCAACUCGUAG